ACCCACACAGGACGCUGCACAUCAAGAGAGCAACACUGCUUGAUCUUUCUGCUGCAGGACGACUGAUUGCAAGGAAAUCUACACAGAUUUUAACACCUAUCUCCUUUUUCAGCUGGUGUAACUAUUUGCUUCUAGCAGGAGCUCCGAAAAUUCAACUCAGGCAAAGAUGAAGUACUAUCAGUGCCCCGUGUCCCAGACCAUUGGCAUCAAGGCUUACAACCAAGAGUGUGGACUCCCACUCAGCUGCAAGGCUGCAGCUUCUCUGAAGCCAGUCCGCAGUGUGCACUUUCCAAAUGACAUUGUGUUCCAGGACUACGUGCGACAUGGAGAGCUGGAGAGGAUUGGACGUUUCAUCAGAGCAAGAAGAGUCAGCCUGAGCACCAUCUACCACUCAGGCAUGGCUGCCAUCCAUGAGGCUGUCCUGUCCGGAAACCUGGAGUGUGUGAAGCUGCUGGUCGAACACGGAGCAGAUAUCCACCAAAGAGACGAGGAGCAGUGGACUCCACUGCACAUGGCCUGCAGUGACAGCUUUCCAGACAUUGCACGCUACCUCCUUUCGCUUGGCGCUGACCCUGAGCUGGAGAACGAGUGCGGUGAGAAGCCAGCUGACCUCAUUGAGCCAGACAACAAGGAGCUGCUGGAGAUCUUUGGGCUGGUCGCCAAUGACUGAGCCUGUCACUUUGAGAACCAAGAACUUGUCUGAGUCCAACCGCACAGUCUCCGGACUGUUCUGCAGGGAUGGACAGAAGAAAAGACAAUCCGGCAUCCUGAUUUUGUGAGCUGCUUCAGCUCUGGAGGUCAAGGACUGAGGAUGUGCUGUGGAAGAGGAGGGGGCUGUCAGAGCCCGUCGGCUGCCCCCUGAACAGAGUGGACUUUGGCUGGUAGGAGCUGGCCCUUGUGAAAGCUGAAACUGUUGUUGACGCUUGGCUCAUUAGUGCUUCGCUGUAAGCUAAAAUUAGCUAAACCAGACACUCUGUGUUAACUGCUUUUAAAGUUUAUGUGCUUGUGCUUUUUUAGGAGUUAUAAAGUUUUUUUCACUCCAGCCUUUUCAUUUUCAAGCUUUUUGGACUGUAUAUAAGUUUGUAGGUGUCUUUUUAUACUUUUUGAAAUAAACUUUAUCAAACUA